CAGAAACAGGGCACCCGAGACGUAAAUCUUGCAAACAUGGCGACGCUCCGAGGAGGGUACGGAGAUUGGAAAUACGACCGUUUUUAACCGAGACAAUAACCUCCUCUUCGCAUGUUACGAUGUGGUGGGGUUAGCCGAAAGCCACCGCGACCACAGCCUUUGGGACAAUGUUCGCAGAGGCCAGUCUGUCCAUCUGGGGAUGGGGGGGUCUUGGAGUCGUGCUGUUCCUUGUCACCUUUGGACCCUUUGCCAUAUUCUACCUGGCCUUUUAUGUCUUCUGCUUCAUUGGCGGGGGCUUUGCGGUGACUCUCCUCUACGGGAAGAUCAACUCGGAGAAACACCUGGAAAAGUGCGAGCAUUCUUACUUGCCGCCCACACAAAUUGGUAUACUGAAGCCAUCGGAUGAGAUGAAGCUGGAGAUGAAACCCAUCAAAAUUGACAGAAGACUGACUGGAUCCAGUUUCAUUGAUGAACCACUACAACAGGUGAUCCAGUUUGCUCUGAGAGACUACAUCCAGUACUGGUACUACACUCUGAGCGAGGAUGAUUCCUUCUUAUUGGAGAUCAGACAGACGCUGCAGAACGCCCUCGUCCAGUUUUCUACACGGUCCAAAGAGGUGGACUGGCAGCCUUACUUCACCACUCGCCUGGUGGACGACUUUGCCACCCAUUUGCGUGUCUUCAGGAAAGCACAGGACCGACUCGCUGACAGAGAGGACAAGCAGAGGGACAUAACAGAGGAGCUGGUGGACUCCUUCUUUGAGGCCGAGGUGGAGAUGGAAAGGAAGAUUUGUCGAGACGUAGUAUGCACUUCGCACAAAGAUGAGGAAGGUUUUCUUCGCGACUUGUGUGAGUUGCUUCUCUAUCUGUUAUUACCUCCUGGAGAUUUCCACAACAAGAACAUGAGAUACUUCCUACGGGAGGUGCUGGCGCGAGGUGUGCUGCUGCCUCUGAUCAACCAGCUCAGUGACCCAGAUUACAUCAACCAGUUUGUCAUCUGGAUGAUCCGGGACUCCAGCUGUAACUAUGAAGCCUUUAUGAACAUCCUGAAGCUCACAGACAAAGCGGCUGAGCUGGAGGCCGUCAAAGACAAGGUGCUGGAGGAGCUGCAGUACCUCCGCUCUCUGGACACUGCCGGAGAUGACAUCAAUGUGAUCAAGAACCAGAUUAACAGUCUUCUGUUUGUGAAGAAGGUGUGUGAGACCAGGAUCCAGAGACUACACUCCGGCAAGGAGGUGGAUGCCUUGAAGCUGGCAGCCAACUUUGGCAAGCUGUGUGUCAUCCCACUGGAUCACAUCCUCAUCCACAACAUCGCCCUGCAGUUCUUCAUGGACUUCAUGCAGCUGGCGGGCGCACAGGCGGAGCUGUUCUUCUGGCUCACCGUGGAGGGCUACAGGGUGACUGCACAGCAGCAGCUGGAGGCCAUGCAGGCCUGGCAGACGGAUGGCAAGAAGCAGCCCAGCGCCACCAAGGGGCUGCUGAAGGCCGCUGCACUGGGUGUCUACGAGCAAUACCUCUCGGACAAGGCGUCUCCCAGGGUUCAGGUGGACGAAGCAUCCGUGCUAAUCCUCGGGGAGAAGAUACAGAAAGACGACCCCACGCCGGAGAUAUUCGAUGAAAUCCAGAGAAAUGUGUAUGAGAUGAUGCUGCGUGAUGAGCGCUACUACCCGUCCUUCAAGCAGAGUCCUCUGUACGUCCGCAUGCUAGCAGAGUUAGACAUGCUGAAAGAGCCAAGCUACCGGGGGUCUGAUGACGGCGAUGGUGAAUCAUUUAACGGCUCUCCCACAGGAAGCAUAAACCUAUCUCUGGACGACUUGUCAAACUCCUUUCAUGAUGAAAAUAUGCACCUACAAGCCUUCAUCUCUGACACAGGGGUGUGCAACGACCACGGUAAGACCUACGCGCUCUACGCAAUCACCGUGUUCAGACGCAGCCACGACGGCAGCGAGGACUCCUGGAAGACCUAUCGCCGCUACUCUGACUUUCACGACUUCCACAUGAGGAUCACUGAACAGUUUGAGAACCUGGCGUUGAUCCUCAAGCUGCCGGGAAAGAAGACCUUCAACAACAUGGACAGGGACUUCUUAGAGAAGAGAAAAAAAGACCUAAAUGCGUACCUGCAGUUGCUGCUGAACCCAGAGAUGGUGAAGGGCUGCCCAACGCUGAUUCCCUAUGUGUAUGACUUCCUGGAGAACAAGGCCUACAGCAAGGGGAAGGGAGAUUUUGCACGCAAGAUAGACACAUUAGUAAAUCCUCUGAGGAGCUCCAUGAGAAAUGUGUCCAAUGCGGUAAAGGGCCUUCCGGACAGUCUGGCUGAAGGCAUGAACAAGGUCUCUGAUAAUAUGGGCCGCAUGUCCGAAAGGCUGGGUCAGGACAUUAAACAGUCCAUACUGAAGGUGCCGCCCCUCCUCCCCAAGUCUGAAAUCGACCCUGAACACUGUCGGGUUUCCGCCCAGCUCGAUGACAACGUGGACGAUAACAUCCCGCUGAGGGUAAUGCUGCUGCUGAUGGACGAAGUGUUUGACCUCAAGGAGAAAAACCAGUGGCUGCGCAGGAACAUCAAGAACCUGCUACAGCAGCUCAUCCGGGCCACGUAUGGAGACACCAUCAACAGGAAAAUCGUGGACCAUGUGGACUACUUGACGUCGCCUGAACAGGUUGCAGACUACGUCAAGAAGUUCAGAGACUCCUACUGGCCCAACGGUAUCCUGGCUGAGACUCUACCCCGCCGGGACAAAAGCAUCCGAAUGAGGACACGAAUAGCUGCCAAGACCAGUCUGCUGGGCAUCAUGCCAGACGAGCUGAAGCACAUCAUCGGCGCAGACACCACGAGAAAAGGCAUACUCCGUGUCUUCGACAUGUUUCAGUACCAACCCAUGAACCGUCGGCUGGUCUACGUUUUCCUGGAGGGCUUCUUGGAGACGAUGUUCCCCCAGUACAAAUUUCCCGAGCUGUUUGUCAAGCUGCACUCCCGCUCGCCACGCAUCCACAGAUACAGCCAAAAACUCAAAUCCUCCUCCCUCAAGAGGUGACAGGAGAGGACAGAGACACACAGACUUGAGAGUGGGAGGGGCUUGAUGUGAACGUUGAGGUAUGUGUGUGUGAUUUCUCCCCGUCCACUUCCCUCACACACUCUUUUUCAGUGAAAAACACUCCAAUUAUCCAGCUGAUUAUUUCCGUCAAGACAGAAUUGAAGGAUGACCAACACACACUCUGCCCUCCUCUCACUCUGUGACCCACACACACACACACACACACUAACGUGCGCAAACACAAAUCCUGUAAUUUGCACCAAGACGGGAGUCUUUUCUUUUAUUUUCAAUAUUUUCCUCCUCUUUUUGGGACUUUUUUUUUAGUUGUGUUUAGCUUUAUCCUGGGCCAGUCAACGCUGCUUUCUCCUGGUCCAGAGAGCGGACCACAAAACCUAUUGUUUUUAAACUGCAGGAGUAGAUCGCAUAGACACACACCUUGCCUUACCUUCCCGCUUCUGUCUUUUGGGCCAAUUCACUCUGUGACCGGGCUCCUCGGCUCUAGUCACACCUCUCGCUGUAGACACUUUAUCUACAAAAGCUGCACAUUGUUUUUUUUAUUCAUAGCAACCAAAAACGUCAAUGGGGUUAAAAAGGCGCUGAUUUUAAAAUGUGACUGAACAAAUAUGGGUUGAAAGAGCUGAUUUAGAUUUUUUAUUGUCUGCAUCUUUUCCAGCCUCAAUGACUCUCUUGAGAAGAAAGAUUUUUGAGGCACCGGGGUUUCCACCAAAGUGUGAUAUCUAAUGUACCACCCAUGAUCCUCAAAUAGAACCACAUCCCCUUUAACGCAAGCGCCCGAACCCGUGACAACCAAUGCUCAUGCUGUUCAAUACAUGUGUGUGUGCGAGCGUACUGGUUUGGUGUUCGGAUAUCCUUAAUCGGACGAGGAAAGCAAAUACAAAUUUGACCUUUUUAACAACUUAAAUGCUGCGGCUGUGAGGGGGGCCUCGGCUCUGGCUGUCCAAGCGAACUAUCAAAGAAUGUACUCUCUGGUCGUGUGUGCGUGUGUGUGUGUGUAAAAGAGAAUGUUUUUGCGUGAGCGUGUGUUUAGCACAAAGAUGCAGUCUUCUUCAGUCAGAAACUGUGCCAGUGUGAGCUGGUGAACCAGCCUUAAAACUAUAUACUGACCAAGAGGUAACUCCCCCUCACGCGACUGAACGUUACAAGGAAAUCAAGACAAACCCACUUUUUUUCAGAGAAAAUGUCUAAUUUUGUGCAAUAUAUAUUUUUUUUCCUCGAAUGCAUGUGCAUUUUGAAUCAUUGUAUACUUCAAAAAAAGUAAUUAUUGUUUUAUUAGUAGAAAACAUGAAAGAAGCUUCCCAAGAAAUGUCUUCUCAUCCCAACAACUUAACAUUCCGUUGUUGUAAAAGUAUGUUUAUUUUACAGACUUGUUUUAUAAGUCUGCGUUUCUUUUGUUUUUGGGGGGUAUUUUACCUUUUAUCCCUCGCCCACUCGUACAGAGUCUUCUGUUUUGGGCAUCGAUGGGGCGGGUUUCUGUGUAGCAGCUUGAUUAGCUCAAUGGGCUAUAGGUAGUUCAGGGGCGCCUCGCAUAACGGCUUCUUUUUAACGCGUGCAUUCUGGCCCGUUCUGUGGAGUGGGAACGGAUCUUUGGUUAUUAACUGACAGCUGGAGGGACCCAUGUCCUGUAAUGAGCACUUACCGUAGCAACUGUGGGCCGUGGGCUGCAGGCGCUGGAUAGAACUGCUUCGUCUGCUCUGGUUCGCGUACAUUGAGCAGCCCUGGAGGACUCUGACUGGCCGAGGAGGACAUGAACUGGAGCAUCACUUACUGGGAGGUGACUUGUGUUCCCACGCGGAAGGAGGUGUCACUUCUAACUUUCUGCACAUCUCUCCAUACAGGAAAGCUUGUUGUCUUUUUAACCCCAGUAUUUAUGAAUCUGAUUAUGAAAAAUUGUGCAUAUCUGUGUACAGUCUGUGUAUAGUGUGCCUAAAUGUACCGUCAACUCUAUUUUCAUAUUUUUCUUUAACCUAAAAAAAGAAUCAAUGUCAUGAUCAUUUAUGCGACUGAAAAUGGCUUUAGGGUGUUCUUUUGCAUCAUGCUUAUCAAACUCUUCCUUGUGAGCUAUUGUGCUCGGAUCAGUAUAACACUAAUAAAAGUUAACAAACUAAAGGAG